ACCGAAAAGAACCGAAAUCUAAAUUAAAAAACCGAAAAGGAACCGAAACCGAAAUUUUAAUUUCUUUUAAAACCGAAAAGAAACCGAAAUUUUAGAUUUUCUUAGAACCGAACCGGAAUCGGAACCGUAAAAAUCAUCAAGGUUCCAGUCCCUGAAUUUACGUUUGCCGGGUUAGCUAUUAUUGUAGCUGUUAUUAUAUAAUGUAAAAAAAAUGUCAGGUUCAACUAAGGUGACUUUUGCCGGGGCAACGCCGGGUGGGACACCUAGUUAUAAUUAAUUUUUAUGUAUUCAAAAAUAAAAUUAAUAUUAAAUAUAAAAAAAUAGCUAAUAUACACUAGAUAUUUGGUUUACUUACAUAUUUUAUUAGUUGUUUAUGUUCCACCAUUAAUUUAACAUAUUUUGUGGCAUUGUAUAACUAUCAUGUUAAAUGUGUCAAUGGUGAUUUAUUAUUUGUCUUUCAUAAUUUAAGGUUUUUUUAUAUUUUAUCCUUAAAAUUAUAAACAAAUUGUUAUGGCGACCAAAAAGAAAAGUAAUAAUGAGUAUUGUUUACGUCAUUUUCAAAACUCACUAUUAUACAGAAUUGUUUUAUUGAUUAUAUCUUACAUACAUAUUUAUUUUAUGUAUGAUAAAUUUUAAAAUACAAAAAGGGGGCCUUGGUUCACAGAGAUGAAACCCAAAAUUGUGUCAGUAGAUACGGGAUUGGUAAAUCGGACAAAAUGACCUUUUUAUGUUUAAAUGGAUCCUGGGAAAAACAAUUUAUUAGGUAUGUUGAGUCCCGAAAUUUAGUUUUGAUUUGUUUUAUCUAUGUAAGACAUACUCAAGUCAACUUGAGUUUUUUAAAUUUAAUUUCUUCAAAUCAACCCAACUCUUUUUAUAGAUAUUUGACGUGUAUUUUACACUUUCAUAAUGUAUUAAUAAUUUAAAUCAUCAAGGUUAGGUUAGGUUAAUAGGUAAAUAAUAUACAUUUUUGUUUGUCAAUCAAAUGGGGUAAUUGAAAGACUAUAUCUUUAAUAUUACGAUGUAAUUCUGUCACAAUAAUAUUAUUUUCAGCUCAUUAGAUUAUUUUAAGAUAAAUUCUUUGAUACAUUUAUGUCAUAUAUAAUAAAAAUAAUUUACAUUUGCGAUAUUUUUGAUGGACAAUUACCAAAAAAUUAGUAUUUUAAUUUUUUUUUACCGCACAUUUUUUAGAUGAAUAUUUUUGCAUCAAAUUUCGUGAAGCGUUUGUCACUGGAUACUAUUUACUGGAUAUCAUGAAUAACGGAAAGCGAUAAUUUUUACAGUGUAUUUUGAAACCCAUUAAGAUGUUGUAUUGCCCCCUUAACAGGUAUUAUAUAUUGAUCGACAAAAGUGGUAAAUUUUGCAUUAUAAUUUGAAUAAUAAAAUAAAAAUGAAUAAAAUGCAAUGUGAUUAUAUUGCCAGCUUUAAAAUAAGAGAUAUAAUUAUGUUUAUUGAAAAUUUAGUAUAUAUUUACUGCCGUUUAAAUAUUUUUAUAAUUUGAUAGAACGGUCUAGUUACAUAUCACAAUGUCAUUAGCAUAUUAUCAUAAUGUUUUAAUUUUUAAUACACAUAAUUUUGUAAACAGUAAUAUAAAUAUUGUAUACUCACAUUAAUUAUUGAUGAUUAAUUAUAUGAGCGUGGGUUUAGUUGCAUUAUCUAUAGCUUAUUUAAAACCGAAUGAAGUUUGAUAAAUGAUUUAUUCAAAUAUACACUUUUACGCCAAACGUUGACAAUGAUGCAUAUAUGUGUGUGCGAUUAUAUUUUAUAAUUAUAUUCAAGUAUAAUAUAAGCUUUAUAAUUAUUAUUUUUUUUAUUAAAAAGUGUAUAUUCCAAAUAUUUACCAACUAGUUAUUCAACAAAUUGUAUAAUACAUAUUUUGUAACUCGGGAAGAUCUAUCCUCAAUCAAAAUGUUGGUAAUAAAGUUGUUCAAUAAAUUAUUUUGUAUUUGAUCGUCAGCAAUAUCCAUUAUAUCGAAGAAAUAAACUAUAAUAUGCUCACUGUCACUGUUAAAGUAUAGCAAUAUAUAUAGAUGAACAAUAUAUUGGGACGUAAAACAUUUGGGCAGCAUCAUGGCUGAUUGCAGAAUGUUAAGCAAAAAUAAAAAUAAUCUGAAUCAUUAUUUUUUGAAUGGAUCGCUUGUACUUUUAUAUACAAUGACUUUGCUGUUUGAAUCACAUGGUAGCAUACUGCAAGGAUUGUCGUACAAUGAUGCCAAAUGUUCAGAUGCAAUGACGUGUACCACUUGUACAAUCAAAUAUCUGUGUCAAUGGUCCCUAAAACAACAGACAUGUAUAAGCUGUAUCCCAUUCAACUCUUCAAGCUUAAUGGUAUCUAAUAUAGUAGAUUGUCCACGAAUUUCAGUUGAAAAAAUAUAUCAUGAUGAUAAAUAUUUUAUUAACUUGAAAUACAUUGUAAAGGUAUUAAAAGAUUCAGUAGGUUUUUCGGACUAUCUUCUCACAAAUGACAUGUAUUGCAUAAGACAAACAUCAAGAUUGAAAUAUCCGGUGGAGAAAAAAAACGAUGAAUUUAUAUGUUCAAUGAAAAUGGGAAAAUUAUACCAUAAAUUAUUGAAUGUACAAUCAUUUACAGAAUUUAUUUUUGUGAAGUUCAAUGAAGUCAUGCUGCGGUUUGAUUAUGUCUCCGAUCACUAUGUUACGUUUCAUGAGCAUGAUAUAUGUGCCUUCGAAGGAUUGCACAACUGUGUGACUUGCGCAUGGAAUAACAACAAGUUUUCAAACUACUUGAAAUGGUGUACGUCCGAAUAUACCUGUGAGGUUCGAAAGGAGUUUUACAACUUGAAUAACAACGCCGAGCCACCAUCAAGAUAUUUCGACUACCCGGGAUAUGAAGAAGUGUAUUUGACGAACAAAUGUCAAGAUGUAAACGUGACGAAGGUAGAUCCGUUAUCAGGGCCACAAUCAGGUGGCACGUCCGUAACGAUCGUCAUUAGAAACCACAGGAUACUUGCGGACAACCGAACCGUAAUGGUGACGGUCGCAGGAACUGUGUGCACGAACCCUAGAACGUCCGGACCCGAUACGAUCACUUGCACCACCUCACCAUUGGUGAAUGCCACAAAUGGAACAUUGAAAGGUCCCGUUCUGGUCAAGUACUGGUCAAAUAAUGCUGGAUUGACAAUAGAGUCUUCACAACAAUUUAAGUUUGACGUCGGCCCUAUCUGUGGCACUCCCAGUCCCGUGCUGGACCAGAAUCAACAACUUAGCGCCUUACUGUCCGGCGGCAUCGCUGUGGCAGUCCGGGGUGCACAUUUCGUUGAACCAUGCGUUGUAUUCCCCGCCCGACUCUUCAUCAUGUGGCCAAACGGCACCAUGGUGUUUGCGUCAAGUAAUUGUGAUCCACCGGUCAACGACACGUAUAUGACCUGCCAAUCUCCCAGACUGGAUUUCCCGGGCGUUGACGAGAGAUGGAUGCUUAAUUUCGGGAUCAACGUGAUGAACUUCACAAGGAAUCAGUCAUUGUUCAUUGACGGUCCGCCAUUCGGGUUUUCGGUGUAUUUAGAUCCGGUGCUGGUGGACUUUGAAAUAGACGGAGCCGGUUCAGUAGUCGUCAACGGUCGCCACUUGCAGCACCUUCGGCCAGUCGAUAUCCUGAUACGGGUCUUGGAUCCUUCGGCCACGGAUUGUGUAGUUGUUUCACUUACACAAAAAAGUAUAGUAUGUGAACCGACCACGCCCAUUGCUCCAGCUGCUGUCGUGUUGCUCAAGAUCUUGGUAAAAAUCGGUGAUUCUUUGUCAUAUACCCUACUCAAUAAACCGCCACUCCCUAAUGACGAUCCUUCCAAUCUUCCAAGUCACGACAAUCCGUUCACACUAUCCAGCUGGUUUCACGCAAUCAUCGCCUUGACAACAUCUCUGCUGUUUGUUUACGCGUUGGCCCAUUGCCUAAAUACCAAAAAUGGGUACAAUUUGUCGGAAAGCAUUCAUCAUACACUGGUAGACUCCGCAGAAUAGUAGGUUUGACCUACCUUAACCUACACAUUUACACUGAGCUGUAGUUUUAAAUCAAUAGUUUAUUAGACAGAUAAAUUUAAAAUGGCUGUAAUUAUAGUUCAAGCAUAAUAUAUUACUCUAUAGUAAAAGGUUUAAAAAAAAAUGUCAUUAAACGAUAUUAUAAUAAACAAAACUGGUGUUCUAAUUAUGAUUCCAGAUAGCAAUGCUCGAUAAGUAUAAAAAAUAUUAAUGUAAUAGUAAUAAUAAGUAUAAAAUAAUUAGUACUAACUGUCUAAUGUCUAACUGAAGAAAUACUUAAGGAGCGUCAUAAUUAUUUUUAUUAAUGUAUAAUACAUUUAUAGUACAUUUAAAUUAAUGAUUUUUUUAAAAUGUAAUAUUUUAUUAAAAUUCUAACUUAAUCUUUCAAUUCUCAAUUUUUGACGAAAUUGAGAAUAUUUUGUUGAAAAUAUACACAAAUAACUUUUAGAAUAUUACAAAUAAUUUGAUUUAGUUGAAUGUUUUGAGCAUUUUGAUCACUAGCUGCUUUAGAAUCACUAAUAAAUAUGCUCACUUUGUUCUAUUAUACUAAACUUGUAUAACUCAAUCACCGUCGAUACGUCAAUUUAUUUAAUUAAUUAUUAAAGUUCUUCUAAAACUAAGUAAUGCAAGUAUUGUGUCCAAAAAUUAAAGACAAUGAUCAGAUUGAUUUUAGUGCAAAUGGAAUUGAUUAUGGAUAGGUUCUAAAAAAAUUUAUGUUGUAGUAUUAAGGACUUAGUAAAAUCAGUUUUCUUUCAUUCUUUCAAAAAAUGUUAAAAUUAAUUUUUUUUUUUUAAUAUUAUUGAAAAAUUACUUAAAUA